UUCUUCCAAUCCUUGCAAGAACAGCUCUAUAUAUAUAUAUAGCUAGCCAAUACCAACGUUCCAUCAUACCACAUCUAUCUAAUCAUUAACAAUCAUCAUCCAAUAAUAAGAUGAAGAUUACUCCUAUACUUUUCCUUUUCACUCUCCUCUCAUCCACCACUUCCUAUGCUUCUGUUCAUGAUUUUUGUGUAGGAGAUAUAAAAGCUCCAGAAACACCUACAGGCUAUCACUGCAUGCCUCUUGCAAACAUCACAUCGGACGAUUUCGUCUUUCACGGCUUUGUAGCCGGAAACACUAACAACUCUUUCAACGCUGCACUUACCUCGGCGUUUGUCACCGAUUUUCCAGCUCUUAACGAUCUUGGAAUCUCCGCGGCGCGGUUAGACAUAGCAAAAGGCGGAUCUAUUCCAAUGCAUACUCAUCCUGGCGCUACCGAAUUAUUGAUUAUGGUUCAUGGUGAAAUAACUGCUGGGUUUCUAACAACUACUGCAGUUUAUUCAAAAACGUUGAAACCGGGUGAUCUUAUGGUUUUUCCCCAAGGGAUGUUGCAUUUUCAAGUUAAUUCUGGUAAGGGAAAAGCUACUGCUUUUCUUACUUUUAGUAGUGCAAAUCCUGGUGCUCAAUUACUUGAUCUUCUUUUGUUUUCCAAUAAUUUACCUUCUGAGUUAGUGGCACAAACUACUUUUCUUGAUCUUGCUCAAGUGAAGAAGCUAAAGGCUCGGUUUGGUGGAAGAGGUUAGGUAUAUUAGGAUAUUAUUGCUUAUGAUCAUACUCAACUCUUUCUUGUAUUGUUUGUUCCAAUAAUUCAUCACCUUUAAGUGAUGCAUUUGUUUGUAUGUGUACGUGUGUGUUUUAUUUUAUUGAUUUCUAUGUUAUACCUAUCUCAAAUGUCAAGAUAUGCGGUUGGAUGAUUUAGCGAGCAAGCUACUUAUAUUAAUGAAACAAUAAAUUGUGUCACACAUUUCUUGGUUCA